AUGAUGCGUGUGAUAGAAGACGAUAAAACUGUUUACGGGCCAAGUUUAAACCAAUUUCCACAAGAGCUCAAUGUUGGUCAUCUCUCUGCCGGUACUCUAUGGACGCUGUACAAAAUGGAUUUGAAAAUGGCACUUGAAGGUGCGUUUUGUUAUUCUAAGCCUGAGAAAAUGCCCAUGUUCGACUUCCUUGACUACAUGAUGCGUGUGAUAGAAGACGAUAAAACUGUUUACGGGCCAAGUUUAAACCAAUUUCCACAAGAGCUCAAUGUUGGUCAUCUCUCUGCCGGUACUCUAUGGACGCUGUACAAAAUGGAUUUGAAAAUGGCACUUGAAGGUGGUUUUAUUCCAUUCGUCAUGGAUUGGCUGAACGAGAACGAUGAACAUUCGAUGGACAUUCUGCGAAAUGCUUACAAUAGCUCGCCUUCAGGGACAAAGCCUGACAACUUCCCUCAAACAUCUGAUCAUACCCGCUUCUCCAACAGCGUUGUUGACGUGUUCACUCAAUUGAACGAGGCAUUGAAGCUGCUCAAGCAGAUGGACUGCCCCAACCCGGUCGUUUAUGCUGAUAUGAUGAAACGAUUCAGUAAGACUUUGAAUAAGAGCAGCAUGAGCCUGAAUUGUUCUGUGAUUACUCUUCUCUUUCGACUUGAAUGGUAUUUCGUAAAGUCAAAGUCGCAGUUCGCCGAGGUCCAACUUGAGAAAAUCUACGAAACAAUGGGUGGUCAGGAAUUGGAUCCUACAUGUAGUCAAGUUCUUACAAAUCUUCAAAAGAAGCUCAACAGCGUAUUGGACAAGCUGUCUGGCCAGUUUGUGGCAACGCUUGAACCAAUGAUCCAUGAACAAACGAACAAGCUUGGCGUGCUGCUUUCGAAGAUCAAAGGACCUCAACUUCAGAAGACCCAAGUGGCAGCGGAGGUGGAUGCGGUAUUGGAGCCUUUGAUGGACCUUCUUGAAGGAUCACUGCAACGGUACUUCCAGCAAUGUGAGAAGACUGUCCUCAAGUACAUCUUGAAGGAACUAUGGAGGAUAACAAUUGUCAGCAUGGAAAAAUUGGUGGUGCUUCCUCCUCUCGCAGACAAAACG